AUGAAAGAACAGCACAAAUCUAGCAAGCCAUCAGAGAACCCUCAAAACCAGUUCCGUACCUCGAGGAGGCCCAGCCCGCCAGGUCCUUCAACAGCACACUCAAAAGGCACCACCGCGAAACGAGAACUGUCGCCAGAGUCUUCAGCAUUGUCGAGAGCCCAUAAAAGAACUAUACUACCGGACCUACGGGCUCAACCAACUCUCACCCAGAUCGACUUCGUGACGCAGGCCACAGCGUCGGAUGACGAUCAACUCGACUACAUUGAUGAACACUGUGAAAACGCAAUCGAGCAACCACAAAGAGGGAAAGAAUCUGACAAUGAUGUCGACUUUCUUCCACCACAAUCUGCCCGGUCAGCUCGUAUGACGAAGUUCCAGAUAAAGAAACGAGAGCACGAUAUAAGCGAACGCCCACAAGAACGACGGACUUCCGCGAUGAGUAUUCGAAACACAGAACAAAGACAUGUACCGAGGAGGAGUGCAACGCCAAGGGUCAGUGCUGGCCGGAAGGGCGCACGAAAAUCCUUGGAAAAGUCGACAGGGAAGCGAGACAAGACCUUGACUCAGAUGGAUUUUGUGCGCCGUUACAUUACUAUCGAUGAUGACGACGAUGUGAAUCUGGGAUAUAUUCAGCCUUCAUCAGAGAAGAAGCCUAUCGUCAAUAAACAAGAAGUAACUCCCGCAGGGGAGAAGAAUCCACAAGCUUCCAGGCUUCUCCACUCCGCCAAACGAAAUCGCAGAGUGUUCGAAGAGGAACUGGAUCUCUCAACAGGGGAGCCAAUAUCUCAGCCAAAGGAUGCACAAGAUUCCAACUUUGGGACCGACAAUGUGGGUGACCGGGUAUCUGCAGCACCAAUGACGCCACAAAAGCCUCGGAGACGUGAGAUCCCUUCCUCGCAGUCUCCCGAGAGCCCUGGUCUAGUUAUGAUAACGUCUUCUCAAUUCAGAGGGGCCACCCACUCUUCUUCCACACAGGAGCCAUUGGCCCCAAGUCAGCCCAUACAACCUAUCAAGGAAGAAUCCCCAGAGCCUCGGCGGGUCAACGAGAACUCACAAGACCGAAGGGAUGGCUCCGUAACAACAACUACCAACUUGUCGAACACCCAGAACCCUUCAAAUAUGCACAUAUCUCAACCGGCUGAACAUUAUCCUUCACCCGCACCUCCGACCGACUCGUCAUCUGAGUACCAACUCUCCGAAGCAAACGAGGAUUCGAAGAAUGGAGCUCGAAAAAAAGAGCGGACAGUCAUUUAUGAAACGGAUGCAGAUACAGACUACGGAGAGUCCGACGAUGAAGAUUCCAACAGGGAUUCUUUGACACCAUCCCCAAAGAAAACACCUCGAGCAAUCGGUUUGCAAAUGUCACAAAAUGUCCCAGAGUCGCCCAAGGAUGAUUCCCAGGUGCUACCCCUGCCGGAUGUGCCAUGUAGCUCUGGCUUAGAACAUCACCCUAGCGAUGACGCUCUUCCAUCUGAGCCUCCGAUGUCUGAUGCCUCAGCAUACUAUCAUAGAAUGCAUGCAGCCACACAGUUUCCGCAUGAGCCAAUUCCAACCCUCAAUACUCAGAAGCUGGCCGAACUGUUUCCUCAAGAGGACAGCACGCAAUCCUCCAAGUUGGAACCAUGCAAACCUUCUUCUCAAACCCCACGGCCGGGCCCCUUUUACCAAAUACAAACCCAAAGUCAGGGAGACAAAGAAUCAACUGAAAUGGUUCCCGAGUCAUCUCCCACCCGAGAAAGGGAGUCUCAGACCGACGCGGGUGAAACUCCAUUCCAACGACCUCGCGCUCCAGACUCAUUAGUCCAAGUUGAAUCAUCACAAGCGAUAGAUCAUAAUUGGCCCGGUCGGGUUUUAUCUCGAAGCCAGCUUCUCACGUCGAGUGUGAUGGAGAGCGUACCGCUACCGAGCUUUUGGAUGGGCAGCCAGGACAGUGUAGGAGAGCCGUACAGCUUACCUGAAGGGUAG